AUGGAUCCAGAGACUGGUGAUUACAUCAGAAAAAAUUUACCAGUAGCUAAUAACCCUCAAGAAACUUCAAAAGAUGAUAACCUUUCAAGCGUUUCAAUUAAUAAUUUAUCAAAAAAUGAUAAUAAAAUUACUAUUUCUUCAAAUAAUAUUUCAAUUGAUUUCGGUGGUAAAAGUAGUAGGAAAAGGAAAAAUAAUAAUGAUGAUGAUGAUGAAGAUGACGAUAAAGGAAAUAAUUGCAUUUUUGGUAACCAAAUUAGAUUUACAAUAAUGAUUAUUUCAACAUUAUGCCUUUCUUCUAUUCUUUCAAAUAUUUUGACAUUUAAUUUUACUGUUAUUUGUAUGGCUGGAGAGAAACCUGAAAAUUACACUCCUGAUAUGGAUCCAUCUCUUCUUAAUGGAUAUUCACCUCAUCUUGAUUAUACAUCAGCCCAAAAAUCAGCUCUUUUUAUGGCUGUAGCAGUUGGAGCACUUAUAGCUGUUUUUCCAAUGACAAUACUUCUUAAUAAAUUUGGAUCACGUCUUAUAUUUUCAGUAUUAGGUUUUAUGUCAGCUAUAGCAACAUUAUUUGUACCUUUUGCAGCUAAUCUUGGAUUUUAUUCAUUUGUUUUUAUUAGAAUUGUUCAAGGUAUGGGUUUUUCUGCAUGUUUACCUGUUAUGGGAUCUAUAACUUCACAUUGGUCUACGAUUAAACAAAAUGGUAUCUUUAUUGCUAUUUUAUCUUCGUUUCUUCAAGUUGCCCCAAUAUUUACAAUGCCAAUUUCUGGAGAACUUUGUACAAGUAGUUUAGGAUGGACAGCUGUUUAUUAUCUUCAUGGUAUUGUAUCAAUAAUACUUUUUACAAUCUUUUUCUUAUAUCAUAGAAAUUCACCAACUAAACAUCCUUUAGUAAAUAGAAAAGAACUUGUUAAAAUGAUGUUUGGAAAAGGUUCUAUUUAUUCAGGACCUGGUAAACAAAAAGUUUCAAAGAAAGUUCCUGUUGCAGCAAUGUACAGAGAUCCAGCAAUAUGGGCUAUUCUAGUUGCAGCUUUUGGUAAUUUUAUGGGUACACAACUAUCAUUACAAUUUAUGCCAACAUACAUAAAUGCAGUUCUUCAUUUACCAAUUGAACAGACAGGUGUAGCAUCAGCUAUCUCACCAGUUAUUAUGUUUUUCAUUAAAAUUGUUGCUGGACAAUCUUCAGAUAAAAUUAAAUUUAUUUCUGAUGGUACAAAAUUACGUAUUUACAAUUCAUUAUCAAUGGGAGGUAUGGGUGUACUAUUUAUAACAUUAGGUUUUAUGAAUCCAGUUGUAAAUAAAAGUGGAUGUCUUAUUGUAUUGAUAGCCUCUACAUGUAUCCUCGGAUUCAAUUCAGGUGGUUUUUUCAAAAGUUCACAACAAGUAUCUAAACAACACAGUCAUUUUACUAUGGCAAAUAUUUCUUUUCUCAAUUGUGUUUGUAUGUUACUUACACCACUUCUUAACGAAUUGAUAGCUCCUGAAAAUACACCAGAAACAUGGACAAUAGUUUUAUGUAUUCAUGGUGCAAUUCUUUUAUCGACAAAUGCAUUCUUUUGCAUCUUUGCAUCUUCUGCACCAGCAUCAUGGACACUAGAGACAUUCUCAUCCAAAUCAUCUAAAGUUGCUCCAGUCAAAGUUGAACCAAAUGUAACUGAAACUACUGAUAAAUAUUAG